UAAUAAAUGUUAUUAGGAAGACUCUUGAAAAUGGCAUACAAUUCUCUUAUAUAAAUUGGUUCAAAUCCUUGGUUACAAACAGCCCCAUAUAAUUCUGAUACCAACUUUGAAUAGAAUUAUACUUACAGGUGUCUGCAUUGAUAUUGUGUUUUGACUGCAUACCUUGUUUCAUUGUAAAGAUACAAGUGAAGGCUUAUAUCAUAGGCAUAGAGAACAACCAACACAGCUGAUUCUAUCCUGCACCAAGUUUUGGUUGAUACAGAUUGUCAAGCUGUUUACUGAAAGUAAGGGCUAGUGGAGUACCGAAAAGCCACCAUGGUGAAUGCAUCAAUGUUCUUUGCCAUUUUCUCAGUUUUUCAGUUAUCUGUUAUACGCAGCAACCUUGUAUCAAAAGGUUCUUACUUCAUCGAGCUUGGAGAUGCACAAGAGAAAGGUUCUGAUCUCAACUUGGGUACAACAGUUUUUAGCGAGAACUUUCAUAAAUGCAGUCUAAUGGAAAGCUGUCGAUAUCUAUCACUGGAUACAAAUACAAAUAAAUACACUCAAAUAUCAAAUGAAGAUGAGAUACCGAAAAACAGAACUGGAUUCAAGAUCUGGAAGAAGGUAACUCCAGAAGGUACAAUAUAUCGAAGCUGUAAAGACGCAUACAAUGCAGGAAACCUUGGCAGCGGAGUCAUCAAGAUACGGUUACCAGGCGGUCAAUCUGCACAAGUAUACUGUGAUAUGGAAACAGACGGCGGAGGGUGGACUGUGUUUUUACGGAGGGUGACAAGUCUAAUAAACUUCAACAGAACAUGGCAGGAAUGUGCACAAGGCUUUGGUGAUUUGAAGAGCAAUUUCUGGUUGGGGCUGGACACAAUCCACUAUUUGACAAGUCGAGACAAUGUCACUUUGAGAAUAGACCUUAAAGCGACAAACGGCACGCAGGGGUUUGCAAAGUAUACUGAAUUUCGCAUUGCAGGAAGGGAGAACAAGUACACGAUACAUAUUGGUGGAUACACAGGUGACAUUGGGGACUCUAUGACAGCUGGAAUAAAAUUCUCAACUUGGGACAACGACAAUGAUUACAACUCUGAUCGAAAUUGUGCUGCUACCCGUGCUGGGCCGUGGUGGUAUAAAAACUGCUCCAAGGCCCGCCUUAUGAGCUAUUUCUUUCCAGACGCUCGCAACCAUCACGAAAGACUGAAAUGGGACUCAUGGGUUGACCUUGAAAAAAAGAUCACGUUUGCAGAGAUGAAACUGCGUGCAUAGUUUGACAAGGGACAUUAGCAAAUUCAAACCUUACCAAGGACAAAGUAUUUGAGAGGAAGACACGCACGUGUUAUGCAGCCUGUAGAGUUUUCAACCACAUACAGAGGCUGGAGAUCGACAUUCAUUUUUAAUCUUUUCAUUUUCAAAUUCCAAACAACUAUUUGACCUUAAAAAUAUACUAUUUUUUUGCGGUACAGAAUUUGAAAAUGGCUUUGAAAAAAGCAAACAUUUUACAACAUACUUAAAGCUUUUUCGUCUGACACUCCUCAGAGCAUAAAACGUCAGAAUAGGUUCCGAAAAAACACGAUGGAAAAAUAUAUACAUAAAAACGAAAAAGCCGCCAUUGUGUAGACAAAAGGAGUUCGUUUUCUCUCUUGGACUCCAUUGGUAAUUUUUCUUUAGGCUCGCGGCACUGAUUGGUCAACUAUACCGGUCUUGUGCCUGCGUUUUUCUGAUUGGCCUAUUUCGAUCCACAACUGGGUAUAUAUUUUUCCAUCGUGUUUUUUCGGAACCUAUUCUGACGUUUUAUGCUCUGAGGAGUGUCAGACGAAAAAGCUUUAAGUGUGUUGUAAAAUGUUUGCUUUUUUCAAAGCCAUUUUAAAAAUAUACUCUUGUAAAAAUACUGCAUCAUAUUGCUAAUUAAACGGAUUAAAAUACAACUACAAUGCUCCUCCUCUUACAGAUCGUGCUAUAGGGUGAAUGCUAGUGUAGCACGGAGUCCCUAAAGGCAUUUGACAUGGAUGAUGACAGAAAAUCCAAAAAUGACUUAGACCAAACGAGGCAGAGCAUGCGCACAUGGAAGGAAUUGGAAACUGCUCACGUGAAACUGUGUAGAGGAAAAACUAGGACCAUUGCCGAAGACUAUAAGUAAGAAAAUGUGCUGCUCGAAGAUUCCAGAUAACCGAUUCGAUGAUUUUGAAACGAUAGAUCGAUUCGAUGGAUCGAAAAGAUAGAUGAACGAUAGUCUUUUGCGGAGACAAAGUCUAUAACUUUAUCCUCCAUUUUUAACCCACUGUGCGCUGCGUUGGGACACCGCCGAUUUACCGAAAGGUGGAAACUGUCUACAUGAUAUUUUCAUUGUGCAGUUCGGUUGGUCAACCGUUGGCGGUCGAUUGGCUGUAAGCCACUUUUAUCUGUGUCAAAUGCCUUUAGUCUUUUUAUAUCUAUAGCUGUGGGGCCACUCCUCAUAUCCAAAAGUAUUUCUUUUCACAAUUUCGCACCGGAAUAGAGAAAACUCGAUAAAAGGAAUAGACAAACUUUCCGGAAAAGCGAAAAUUCCGGACCAUCGGAGUAAAGGCAAUUUCCGAUAGCCAGAGGCUACCCAUACAGUUUUGUUAACACUGACCUGAAGCUGAUUUUUUAAAACCCUAUUUGGAUCAAAAACUAGCAUUUGCAGCACCUCUUUAGAGAUCAGUUGGAAGCAUAUAUGGUUACACGUAAUUUGGGAGUAGCGAGCACGAAUGGACAAGAUGAUCGAAAAUCUUAAAAUGAAACAUAAACAGGAUCAAUAGACAAUUUUUAUAAGAAUAUUUUGGCUUAAAAUCGCUACAGUUGUGAUUAAUAAACAUAGCUGAUUCCAUCAUUCCGUUAAAUUUUGGUCCAUACUGAUUUCAAAUGUGUUUUGCUGCAGGCAAGAGCUGGUAGAGGACAGAAAAGCCACCAUGGUGCAAGCAUCGAAGGGAAAGAGGAGAGGAAAAGGGGCAGAAGAGCAGAAUGGGGAGAAGAGGGGUGGAAAGGGAAGAAAGGGGAGAUAAGGGGUGGAGAGGGAUAAAGAGGGAGGAGAGGGAGGUAGAGGGGUGGGAAGGAAAGAGGAGAGGGGGAAAGGAGAAGA